AUUUGGCGAAGGGUAAAGGGUCGGAGUCACAUGGACAGAAAGCAUUUGAUUCAUGUCCAAGUCACCGCGGUGGCAGCAGGGGCCGCUCCCUCCGGCUCAGGCCGCGUGAGGCAGGAGCGGCGGGGCUCGGCCCGCGGGGCAGAGGCCAGAGCCGCCUCUCCAGGGAGUCUGCCGAGCGGAGCCCCGCGCCCUCCUCUGCCCUCCGCCCGGGCUCUCCUCCUCAGCAUGUGAAGCCACCCGCCCCUCCCGGGACUUUUCAGAGGCGGCCGCCUCCGCUCCGCUCCGCUCCGCGCCGCCGGGGACCGCGCAGCAGCAGCAGCAGGCGCGCCCCGCAGCGCGCAGCCCGGCCGCUCGGCCCGCGCCCCGCCGCCCACCAUGAGCGAGGAGAGCCGCGGGGACGGCCGCGCCGAGGGCGCCAAGGACGCGGAGAAGCAGCUUCGCCUGCGCGUGUGCGUGCUCAGCGAGCUGCAGAAGACCGAGCGGGACUAUGUGGGCACGCUGGAGUUCCUGGUGUCGGCAUUCUUACACCGAAUGAACCAGUGUGCAGCAGCAAAAGUUGACAAGAAUGUAACAGAGGAAACCGUGAAGAUGUUAUUUUCAAACAUCGAAGAUAUCCUCGCAGUACAUAAAGAAUUCUUAAAAGUUGUAGAAGAAUGCUUACAUCCGGAACCUAAUGCGCAACAAGAAGUGGGAACCUGCUUUCUUCACUUUAAAGACAAGUUUCGCAUCUACGAUGAAUAUUGUAGUAACCAUGAAAAAGCACAAAAAUUGCUUCUUGAACUUAACAAAAUCAGAACAAUUCGGACAUUUCUGUUGAACUGUAUGCUGCUUGGAGGACGAAAAAACACAGAUGUUCCCCUGGAAGGCUAUUUGGUGACACCCAUACAAAGGAUAUGCAAGUACCCCCUCCUUCUGAAGGAGCUACUGAAGCGAACUCCACGGAAACACAGCGACUAUGCGGCAGUGACCGAAGCCCUCCAAGCUAUGAAAGGCGUCUGUUCCAACAUAAAUGAGGCCAAAAGGCAAAUGGAGAAGUUAGAAGCGCUGGAGGAAUGGCAGUCUCACAUUGAAGGCUGGGAGGGGUCCAAUAUUACUGACACCUGCACUGAAAUGUUAAUGUGUGGAGUUUUGCUGAAAAUUUCUUCUGGAAACAUUCAAGAGCGGGUAUUUUUUCUUUUUGACAAUCUUUUGGUGUACUGCAAAAGAAAACACAGACGGUUGAAGAACAGCAAGGGUUCCGCAGAUGGACAUCGGUAUCUUUUUCGUGGCCGGAUAAAUACGGAAGUGAUGGAAGUAGAGAAUGUGGAUGAUGGCACAGCGGAUUUCCAUAGCAGUGGACAUAUUGUUGUUAAUGGGUGGAAGAUACAUAAUACAGCAAAAAAUAAAUGGUUUGUGUGCAUGACAAAAACACCAGAAGAAAAGCACGAAUGGUUUGAAGCAAUUUUGAAAGAAAGAGAACGACGAAAAGGUUUAAAAUUAGGAAUGGAGCAAGACACCUGGGUAAUGAUCUCUGAACAGGGUGAGAAGCUUUAUAAAAUGAUGUGCAAGCAAGGAAAUCUAAUCAAAGACAGAAAAAGAAAACUGACAACAUUCCCUAAAUGCUUCCUUGGAAGUGAAUUUGUGUCCUGGCUGUUGGAAAUUGGAGAAAUUCACAGACCUGAGGAAGGUGUUCACCUGGGGCAAGCAUUGUUAGAAAAUGGAAUUAUUCACCAUGUUACUGAUAAACAUCAAUUUAAGCCAGAGCAAAUGUUAUAUAGAUUCCGCUAUGAUGAUGGUACCUUUUACCCAAGAAAUGAGAUGCAGGAUGUGAUUUCAAAGGGUGUAAGAUUAUAUUGUCGCCUUCAUAGUCUGUUUACUCCAGUAGUAAGGGAUAAAGAUUACCAUUUAAGGACCUACAAAUCUGUGGUCAUGGCCAACAAAUUGAUAGACUGGUUAAUUGCACAGGGGGAUUGCCGCACCAGAGAAGAGGCAAUGAUAUUUGGCAUGGGGCUGUGUGACAGUGGAUUUAUGCACCAUGUCCUUGAAAAAAGUGAAUUCAAAGAUGAACCCCUACUUUUCCGUUUUUUUGCGGAUGAGGAAAUGGAAGGGUCAAAUAUGAAGCAUCGACUCAUGAAACAUGAUUUAAAAGUUGUGGAAAAUGUUAUAGCUAAAUCUCUCCUGAUUAAAUCUAAUGAAGGCAGCUAUGGCUUUGGACUAGAAGACAAAAAUAAAGUCCCAAUAAUAAAGUUGGUAGAAAGGGGGUCUAAUGCUGAGAUGGCUGGCAUGGAAGUUGGGAAAAAGAUUUUUGCCAUUAAUGGUGACUUAGUUUUUAUGAGACCUUUCAAUGAAGUGGAUUGCUUCCUAAAAUCAUGUUUAAACAGCAGAAAGCCUCUAAGAGUUCUUGUGAGCACAAAACCAAGGGAGACAGUGAAAAUCCCCGACUCAGCUGAUGGGCUUGGCUUUCAGAUCCGAGGUUUUGGCCCUUCUGUUGUGCAUGCCGUAGGCAGAGGCACCGUGGCUGCAGCAGCUGGCCUUCACCCUGGACAGUGUAUUAUCAAAGUAAAUGGUAUCAAUGUCAGCAAAGAGUCACAUGACAGCGUCAUCGCACACUUGACAGCUUGCAGGAAAUACAGGCGUCCAAUGAAGCAAGAUUCCAUACAGUGGGUUUAUAAUAGCAUUGAGAGUGCUCAGGAGGACCUCCAGAAAUCUAACUCCAAAGCUCCUGGAGAGGAAUCAGGGGAUGCUUUUGACUGCAAAGUAGAAGAGGUGAUUGAUAAGUUCAACACCAUGGCCAUCAUUGAUGGGAAGAAGGAGCACGUGAGUCUGACGGUGGACAACGUCCACCUGGAGUAUGGGGUGGUGUACGAGUACGACAGCACAGCUGGGAUCAAGUGCAACGUGGUGGAGAAGAUGAUCGAGCCCAAAGGCUUCUUCAGCUUAACUGCCAAGAUUCUUGAAGCCCUGGCUAAAAGUGAUGAUCAUUUCAUACAAAACUGCUCCAGCCUUAAUUCUCUAAAUGAAGUGAUUCCUGCUGACCUUCAGAGUAAAUUCCAUGCCAUUUGCAGUGAAAGAAUUGAGCGCAUAUGUCAGAGAAUACUCAGUUAUAAAAAGUUCUCUCGUUUUCUGAGGAAUCGAGCCUGGCCCACCUUUAAGCAAGCCAAAUCUAAAAUCUCUCCACUGCACAGCAGUGACUUCUGCCCUACCAACUGCCACGUCAAUGUGAUGGAAGUUUCUUAUCCUAAAACAUCAACCUCCCUGGGGAGUGCCUUUGGGGUGCAGUUGGAUAGUAGGAAACAUAAUUCUCAUGAUAAAGAAAAUAAAUCUUCUGAGCAAGGGAAACUGAGCCCUAUGGUAUACAUCCAGCAUACAAUUACCACCAUGGCAGCCCCCUCGGGGCUGUCUCUGGGACAGAAGGAUGGCCAUGGUCUCCGGUAUUUGUUAAAAGAAGAAGAUUUAGAGACUCAAGAUAUCUACCAGAAACUGUUGGGAAAACUGCAGACUGCACUGAAAGAAGUGGAGAUCUGUGUUUGUCAAAUAGAUGACCUUUUAUCUUCCAUAACAAAUUCUCCCAAAUUGGAGCAUAAGACGUCAGAGUGUGUAGCAUCACUAGACAGUGACAGUGAGAAGGGGGAAAGAAACAGCAAACGUGUGUGUUUUAAUGUGGCAGGAGAUGAGCAGGAGGAUUCAGGUCAUGACACCAUCAGCAACAGAGACUCUUACAGCGACUGUAACAGCAACCGGAACUCCAUCGCCUCCUUCACCAGCAUCUGCAGCAGCCAGUGCAGCUCGUAUUUCCACAGCGAUGAAAUGGACUCGGGUGAUGAACUUCCCCUGAGCGUUCGCAUUUCUCAUGAGAAGCAGGACAAGAUACAUAGUUGCCUUGAGCAUCUUUUCAGCCAGGUGGAUUCAAUUACCAAUCUCCUAAAAGGCCAGGCUGUUGUAAGAGCCUUUGAGCAGACCAAGCAUCUCACACCAGGUCGAGGAUUACAAGAGUUUCAACAAGAAAUGGAACCAAAACUGAGUGGUCCGAAAAGAUUAAGGCUUCACAUCAAGCAAGAUCCCUGGAAUCUUCCCAGCAGCACCCGUGCUCUUGCUCAGAACAUCAGAAAAUUUGUUGAAGAGGUAAAGUGUAGAAUACUCCUGGCUCUUCUUGAAUAUUCAGACAGUGAAACGCAGCUCCGGAGAGACAUGGUUUUCUGUCAGAGUCUCGUGGCCACCGUCUGUGCAUUCUCUGAACAGCUCAUGGCUGCCUUGAACCAGAUGUUUGAUAACAGCAAGGAAAAUGAGAUGGAAACGUGGGAAGCCAGCAGAAGGUGGCUUGACCAGAUAGCGAAUGCUGGUGUUCUUUUUCACUUUCAGUCACUUCUGUCACCAAACUUGACAGAUGAACAAGCCAUGCUAGAAGAUACACUGGUUGCACUAUUUGAUUUGGAAAAGGUUUCCUUUUACUUUAAACCAUCAGAAAAGGAACCACUUGUUGCAAAUGUGCCUCUUACGUACCAAGCAGAAGGAACCCGGCAAGCUCUAAAAAUUUACUUCUACAUUGAUAGUUAUCAUUUUGAUCAACUGCCUCAGCGGUUGAAAAAUGGAGGAGGGUUUAAAAUUCAUCCUGUUCUUUUUGCACAAGCAUUGGAGAGCAUGGAAGGAUAUUACUACAGAGACAAUGUUUCAGUGGAAGAAUUUCAAGCCCAGAUAAACGCAGCUUCAUUGGAAAAGGUCAAACAGUACAACCAGAAGCUCAGGGCAUUCUACCUGGACAAAUCAAACUCCCCCCCGAACUCCACAUCCAAAGCUGCCUAUGUAGAUAAGCUAAUGAGGCCUCUCAAUGCUUUGGAUGAGCUUUAUCGCCUGGUAGCCUCAUUCAUCAGAUCCAAACGCACAGCUGCCUGUGCAAACACAGCAUGCAGCGCGUCUGGGGUUGGCCUGCUGUCAGUUUCCUCUGAGCUGUGCGACAGGCUCGGUGCCUGCCACAUCAUCAUGUGCAGCAAUGGCGUGCACCGGUGCACCCUGAGUGUGACGCUGGAGCAGGCCAUCAUUCUAGCCAGAAGCCACGGGCUGCCGCCCCGCUAUAUUAUGCAGGCCACCGAUGUCAUGAGGAAACAGGGAGCAAGAGUUCAGAACACAGCAAAGAAUUUGGGAGUCAGAGACCGGACCCCUCAGUCAGCUCCAAGGCUAUACAAGCUCUGUGAGCCACCUCCCCCAGCUGGAGAAGAAUGAAGAGGAUUGCCAAGGAACCAGGCAAGCAGCAGCUUCUUAACACUGGCCUAGAGAAAGUACAUGCCAGGUCACCAUUUCCCACUGAAGAUGAAGUAAUGCUUUCCCUGCCAUAUUGUAAAUAACUAAUGUUCAGUUUGUACUUGGACAUGUAUGCAUUAAAUGUUCAUUCAAAAAAUUCACCCCCAAAAACUGAUCCCUCUCUAUAUCUAUAGGGCAAAAUUCAUCUCUGGAAUUUAUAGGAAAGAUAUCAGAGAUAAAAAUAACCACCAUGCAUCCUCUUUCAUUACUAAUUUUAUUGGUUUUGGACACAUUGUAACAGUGGAUGGUUUUGCUUGAAGAAGUCAAUCACUGAGGAAAGAUGGCCACACAAAUCAUGGUGCAGAAAUGUUAAAGACACUUUAGGCCCGGUGAUACAGGUGUGUUGUCCUCCACUUGCAUCAGAGAAAAGCACAUGCUUAGAGGUGGAGGAAUAUGCUUCACUUUUUCUGCUUCACAGGAGAGAAGAAAUAUUGAGACCUCCAGCAAGACUUUUUCUGCUGCUUUCUGGUGUACUCAGGACCACGGACUGUCCCAGUGCGUUGGCUCCGUCUCUGGUAUUUGCAGUGGACGUGUUCCCCAAGGCUGCACAUACUGGGUGCUGUAGCCUUGGUGGUCCUGGACAGAAAGCAGUAGAGACUGGGAAGAUAAAAGGAAGCGGAGUGAGUGAGGAAAGAAAAGAUGAAUCUGUUUAAAACUUUAACCUAGAAAGGUACCUAAAUUCUUAAUGUUAGGCAGCCUUUCCUGUGAGAUGUCAGACUCUAAACUACCAUAGUGAGUAUUUUUUAAUCAAGGUAUAUGUAUAAGAAAAAUAAAGCUUUAUUUAUUGUACUUUAAAAGAACCAUUACAAACCUUGGUAAUUUAUGGCCGUAGGGUAUAUUCUAUCUUCAUUCUAAAUAUGUGUACUGUUGAUCACACUAUAUUGAUUUAAUUGUGGAUACAGUAACAUUGAUUUUAAAUUAAUAAUUUUCUAAAGACUUAAAAGACUUUAAUAAUUAAAACCAUGCUUUACUUAACUAUGAAGAUCCACAAGGACAAGUAAUUUCUAAUAAAUGUGUUGUUAGGCAAAUUUUUGUGCAAACAUUUUAUAGUUCACUUACACAAGCUAAGACAAUGUCAUUCAGUUAUCUAAAUUAUGGGGCUACUCUUACAUGCUAUUCACUGUUGACCACAUCACUGUGUAGAACAUGGCUGCUCAUGAUUUGAAGCGAAGUAUGUUAAAUACUGUUCAUAACCUCUGGUUGUCUUGCUCAUCUUUUGUUGUUACUCUUUCAUAUAUCUUCAUAAUAGAUUUUAUUACCCACAAAGAAUGGCCCAGUGACUUAAACAAGUUCAUAUGACUAACAAGUACCAAGAUCAAAAUUUAAAACCCAAAAUUUUGCCUCCUUAAUAUAAUAUCAUUAACAUUUUAGUAAUAUAACUAUUUAAUAGAAUCAAUUAUUUUAUUAAACUUGAAGUUAGAAUGCAUGCAAUGCCACUUAAUUAUACAUUUUGUGUUUAUAAAAACAAAUGGAAAUAUAUAGUAUGCCUAUAAUAUAUAAAAACUGUAAGAUUUCCUGGAAAUUUUAACAUUCUGUGUAUACAUUUUGAAAUAACCCAGUACAGCUCUAACCUAAAAAAUAUUUUAUGUCAUAUUUCUCAUAAUUACAGAUAACACUUUUAGAUAGAUAUUGAAAGUGUGGAAUAGUACAUCAGUUAAAACUUGACUACAAUUGUAAAACAGUGGUAAUAGUAAAAAUAUCUAAUGGGUCAGUGAGUGAUGACAGAAUUUUAAUACCAUAAUUUGUAUCCAUGUGGCUUUGAAUGCUUAACUGGAUUUGACUCUUUAGACUAUGGUUACCUAAAUGCUACAAGCUUCUUUAUAACUAGUGUUCCUUCUGAUGCUGCUGAAGUCUGCUAACUGUUCAUCAGGUCCUGAGUUUGGACAUCUGCCCCUGUUUAAAUAAAUUGCAGGUCUUACAUUGAAAUUUUAGAUCUGAACAUGAGAACACUAAAAAAAUCAAUGUCAUAAUUCAUAGCCAAUAUAUCCUCAACAUUCCAUAAUAUCUUUACAUGUUCCUAAUAUUAAUUUUAAGUAUAUACUUUUCUAUAAUUCAUAAUUUAUAUAAAUUUCAAAUAUAUAAUUUUAAAAUACAAAAUUGAAACUAGAAAUUUACAUUAAUUAUUAUGAAAGAGAAUGAAAGACAGAAUGAGAGAGAAAAUUAUUCCUAUACUAGUCUUUCUGAUAUUGGAUAUGUAAUAUUGAAUUUAGUGUUCAAUCUGUAUUUUAUAAACCAAUAUCCUAAUCUGAAGCCUCAGAUUAUUUGUAUGUCUUUAAAGUUCCUUGUUCCAGUGACUCAAAUUUCCUUUGUGUCCAUUGAUGGUACUAAUAUUAAAUUAAGACUAAUAUUGAAUUAAGACUAAAAAGUAUGUGACAUUGGUUAUGAUUCUGUGAAUUCCAAUUGUGUAAUCAUUUAAUUCAUAGUGAAAUAAAGUUGACUUUAAUAUUAAGUAUGCAAGCCAAGAAAAUAAAUAAGUAAACCAAUCCUAAAGGCCAUAUUAACUAAUUUUUAAAAUCAAUUUUCAGUCCUUCCAGAAAAAGUUAGUAAGCUAGUAUUUAUUCAUUUAGAAGCGUUGAUUAAAAGUAAAUUAUUCCAUGUAGUUAAAACUGAUACAUUCAUUCAAAAUACUAUCUUAUUAGUUUAAAAAGUCUUUUUUCUGUGUAGCAAAAUGUAAUGCAAAAUAGUAGGCAUAUUUUUAUUCACAAGUAUUUUAAUAAAAUUGUGAUAUGAAAAUUUAAAAAGAAUAGCCUUUAUUCAAGUCAUUCCAACUUUAUGUUUUACUUUAAAGGUAAUUUGCAGACUUUCUGCUCUUCAUAGCUAAAAAAAAUAAUACUGACUAACCUGUAACAUUUGACUGGAUUGCUUCUCAAUCUUUGGAAACUUUAUUUUUACUGACUGACUUUAUGUGAAUUAACUCAUUAAAUUGUCCUUUAAUAAAGUAUUCUGUAGUCAGUAAUAAUUUUAUUAACAUAUAUGUAAACAAAUUUUUCAGACUGGUCAGUUAUGCUGCUUAAAUACGAGGGCAAAAGAUUUUGAAAUAGUUUAGGAGAACCGAGUUUCUGUUAAGCAGAAUGUUCCAUGGUGUAUUAAGCAUUUGAAAUUGGGGCAAUGAGUCCCAGCACACUUUACUCUUAGAAAGGUAAGGGAAAGUUUUAAGAUGGAUCUAUGCCAUGAAUGACCCCAGGGUAUUCCUUGCAGGGAUAUUGGCCACCAUUUUCCUAGGUGCUGCAAUUCCAUAAUAGUCACUAUGAUUAGUUUCUGGUUUCAGAAGGAUGUUACUGCCUUAGAGAUUUUCCAUGAAGAGUGAUCUCAGUAUUAUACUGCCAAACGUCUAUUGGCUCAUGAGGAAAGAAGGCCUGUGCAUCGUUUAGCAGUUGUUAACUUGUUAGCAGGCCCUCUUCGCUCAGGACAGUUUGUGUGUCUCACUCAACAGAGAUUUCUGAAGUCUACUAAAUAGAGUAAAACAGUUAUAUCAUUGUAUGUCAGUGUCUGCUUGUCUUUUAUGAUAAUACAUUUUUAAAAUUACUUAAAUUCUUGUGUCUUGUUCAGUAUGAAGAGAUAAAAGAUGGAAUUGUUCAGUGUUUGCUCUGUAGACAUCAGCGCUGUCUGCGUAGUACUGUUAAACAUCUUUUGAUCACUGGCUUACUCUUAGUGCUGGCCGAUUUUCUAUCACUGUAACAAAUACCUGAGAUUACCAGGUAUGUGUGAAAGAAAAGACUUGGAUUUGGCUCACAGUUUUGGAGGUUCUAGCCUGUGAGCAGUUAGGACUGUGCCAGAGUGGUGCAUUAUGGCUGGGGAGCACAGGACAGAGCAAAACUGCUCACUUCGUGGUCAAGAAGCAAGAGGAGAGAGAGAGAGAGAGAGAGAGAGAGAGAGAGAGAGAGAGAGAGAGAGAGAGAGAGAGAGAGAGAGAAGGGCCAGGGCACACAGGGUCAAGAGUACACCCCAGAUGACCUGAGGCCCUCUCACUGGACUUUAGGGGGCAUUCAGCAUCCAAGCUGUAGCACUAUUCAAUCUAAAUCAGUUGAUCUGGCUUUGACACCAAAAGUAGAUGAUUAAGAAAAAAAAGUCUUAAAUUAUAUUAAUAGGAUUAGAAGCUUUUAAUAGUUAAUUUUAGAAUAAAAGAAAAAGCAAAUGCUUUGUAUUCAUUCAACAAAUGCUUCCCAGAAUUCACUUUUCACAAGGCACAGCUGGAAAUCUGGUGAAAUGUUGACUAUGUUUGGAUCAAAAAUUUGCCAUGUUUUAUGUGUUAUUGAUUACUUGUAUCUUUUAUUUAAAAUGCUAUUACUUGUAACAUGAACCUAUUCUAAUACUGUGUACAUGUAUACUGAGUUGGUGAAACAUUUUAGAAAACAUACAUUUGAAUUUGAAUGUCUAAUGCUUCAAGAAAAUUUAUUAGUUCUCCAGAUGAAUAUAUAUUUUUGUAACUGAGAGGUAAAUGUUAGAACAUAGCUUUUUGCUUAAGAAUAUUUUUAUAAGUACUCAUGUACUCAAUAUUCAUUAUUUUAAACAGCAGAGUAUGAAAUUGGUUCUUUAAAUGGUAAUUGUUUUGAACAUAAUCUAUAUUUAACAUAAUUUGACAUCCACAAUUUAAUAUUAAAUUUCAUCUGAAUGUGAUAUUAGUCUUUUUUCUUUUGUAAAAUAUCUAUGUGACAUAGUUUCAAUCACUCCAUAUUUUGUGUGUGGUUAAAAUUAUCAAACUGAAUUAUGUAUUUUAUAUCAUUCAUUUUUGUCUGCAUAAAAAAUUAGAGUAAUAACAUUGUAUCAUAAGUGUUAAUAAUAAAAUAAAUUGUAGUGUGGCCA